AUGAACUCAGGGAUCGUUCACACAAAGGGACGCGUGCAAAUCAACACAAGAACAGCAACGCGCCAGUUGCAGAUAGCACUAGCCAGCACCGCACUGCUUGCUUUACGUGCCGCGCAGCUAGACAGAAGUGCGACCGGCAGACUCCUUGGUGAGCUCUCUCUACACACCCAAGCCCAUGAGCGAAGUGAUCCAAGACUAACGUCGCUUGCAGCUCACGAUGCGCCAUUCAGGGGAACACUUGCCGCUACCCGCUCAAAUCCAAUCGAGGUAGGAAGGAAGGAAGCACAAAGUGACAAGCCAGACACCGUUCAAAAGCUGUUGGACCGCAUCAACGAGAGUCCUGUUCGGGACCAAGUGAUCGCAGCUAUAAUCAACUCAUCUCGAGCUCAGACACAUCCUGAAUCGUCAGCCCUAGACUCUUUCUCAAGUUUAAGAGACAAUGUGCCAACUCAUUUGGACGCGCCAGGGACAGAAGAAAAUGCUGUUCCUGCUCUUAUCGAGCAAAGUGAAGAGUCAGAAUGUGAUGGGCCGCUGGACUUGACUCGUUCCCCGUGUCCGUGUUCAAAGCUGAAAAGGGAGAUUUUCGUUGUGUCUCCCCUUCAUAUCAUGGCAGCUGCUUUUACGAAGAAAGAUACAAGUUUUGCAAACCAGAAUGUCGAAACAGCCGUGCCACAUCUGCCACUCGACGCAGGUGGGCGACGAGGCAACGAGAGCUCGAUAAACCAACGGCUGAUAGAGUACUUCACACCUCGUCUGACGCAUGAUACGGAUUGGCAAGUCCUGGCUUCUCAGUCGAUCAACAGCACACUGAAGUUGGAGACCACCGCUUGCGACCCUGUAACUGCGCGUCUGGCGGAUCAAAACGAUGUCUCAUUGUACUUUCACCUAAGCGAAUCUCGCGUGGUCUAUCGCGGUGCCAGUGAGAUCACUAGAGACGAUUCAAGCAAUCCUAGCAAUGAAGCUGUACAACUUGCCAAAGAACUCGGAAUCAACAAGCCCUCCACUAUUGUUGAGCUUGUCAAAGCUUUGGCCCCCGACGACACUGUUGAGAUGAGAGAGCGAUUCUCACGCAAUCUUGAAAGAACCUGGCUAUACGUGUUCAUAGCUGACAAGAGCUUCGGUAUCGUCAUGGGCCGCUCCCCGAUUGUGGCUUGGAAAGAGCUCCCGCCUUGUCCAUGUCAGUGGUGGCGAAAGUCGAUGACAACAUCUCUUGAUCGUAUGAUUAGUGGUAUCAUUGAGAUUAGGGUUCAGUUGCUGGAGUCCUUAAAGCAGUUGGAGCGUAUUAAGAAGACCACUGCGUCUAUCUCGAAUUGGCAUGCAAAGAACUAUGAUGUUCUUGAUCGAACGUGCAAAAUCAGGUGCUACGAAAAUGACGCGUCGUCUACACCGACGUUGCCUAUCCUAGCUUUCUACAUGAGACACAGUCUCAUGAUUCUCAACGCGCAGGCUGCAAGGGAGUUAAAGAGACUCGGGGGGACAAUAGCCUCGACUAUUACCUCGGUCGAUAGCAAGGCGUUUGAAACCGCACAUCAACUUCUAGAUCUGGUUUUACAUGAUCAAACGGUCAUCGACAUUGGAUUGGGGUGGCACAACAACCAGUUUGUAAUGGUUGCCCACGCCAUGACUGAGAUUGCCCAAGCUUUGAGUCGAGGAAGUCUAUCUUCUAUAGAUCACGGAGCGGCGGCAUCCCAGAUCCGGGCCAUCUCUACAUGGCUUGAAGAGAAAGCGCAGGCGCUUCCAGCUACAUCUAUAGCCAGUCUCUACUCCGGUUUCUCUCGAAUACUGGUUUCCGAGCUAGAUGGAGAGACCAGCAACGACACGCAGAGAAGGCAAAAUCACACUUCUUACGAGACUCCAGACAGUUUCAUGACCGACUGGUCACGGGCUGUUGACGUCACCUCUCUGAACCCAAUGGAUUGGCUUGAUAUGAGUUUUCUAGGCAACGAAGACUCGUUUGUUGGCCUCGAGAAUGUGGACUUCAACGACCUCGACGAUGAUGGUGCUCUCCGGUUCCCAUGA